GCUUGCACACACCCUAACCUUUUCAAUGGGACACGCGCUCUCUCUCCCUCCCCACUUCCUUUUCUACCACUUUCACUUUAAGCUCAGUCAGUAGCAGAACUCAAAAUCAAUCCCAUUUCCUUUCCUUCACGAUGCUCUCUCUCCUCUCAUUUCUUUCUCUCCUCGCCAUUGCAACUUCUUCUUCAACUAAUGAGCAACCUAGAACCUUCAUUGUCCAAGUCCAGCAUGACUCAAACCCCUUAAUUUUCCCCACCCACCAGCAAUGGUACGCUUCCUCUCUAUCCUCCAUUUCCCCUGGCACCGCUCCCCUUUUACUCCACAUUUACGACACCGUUUUCCAUGGCUUCUCUGCCAAACUUUCCCUUACUGAAGCUCUCAAGCUCCAGGCUCUCCCUCAUAUCAUUGCUGUCAUCCCUGAACGAGUGCGUCACGUGCAUACCACGCGCUCCCCUCAAUUCCUCGGCUUGAAAACAACCGACGGAGUUGGUUUGCUCAAAGAGUCGGAUUUUGGGUCCGAUCUUGUGAUCGGAGUUGUCGACACGGGUAUUUGGCCUGAACGGCAGAGCUUCAAUGACCGGGAUUUGGGUCCUGUCCCGUCAAGAUGGAAAGGGGUUUGUGCUAGUGGCAAAGACUUCGCUCCAAGUUCUUGUAAUAGAAAGUUAAUAGGAGCUCGCUAUUUCUGCAAAGGAUACGAGGCAACAAACGGUAAAAUGAAUGAAACGACCGAGUACCGGUCGCCACGUGACUCUGAUGGCCACGGCACUCACACUGCUUCCAUUGCUGCCGGAAGAUACGUGUUUCCGGCAUCAACAUUUGGGUAUGCACGUGGGGUUGCUGCAGGAAUGGCACCAAAAGCUAGACUUGCUGCUUAUAAGGUUUGUUGGAAUGCCGGUUGUUAUGAUUCCGACAUUUUAGCUGCAUUUGAUGCUGCUGUUUCUGAUGGGGUUGAUGUUAUUUCGUUAAGUGUUGGAGGCGUUGUAGUGCCUUAUUAUUUAGAUGCCAUUGCAAUUGGGUCUUUUGGAGCGGUGGAUCGUGGGGUUUUUGUAUCAGCUAGUGCUGGGAACGGUGGACCUGGAGGUUUAACUGUUACUAAUGUAGCUCCAUGGGUAACUACUGUUGGUGCUGGGACGAUUGAUAGGGAUUUUCCGGCUGAUGUUAAGCUUGGAAACGGGAAAGUGAUUUCUGGUGUAAGUCUUUAUGGUGGGCCAGGUCUGGCUCCAGGGAAGAUGUAUCCAGUGGUUUAUGCUGGGAGUAGUGGAGGUGGAGACGAGUAUUCUAGCUCAUUGUGUUUAGACGGUUCUUUAGAUCCCAAGUUGGUUGAAGGGAAAAUUGUGUUAUGUGAUAGAGGGAUUAAUUCAAGGGCUGCUAAAGGUGAGGUUGUGAAGAAAGCUGGAGGGGUUGGGAUGAUUUUGGCAAAUGGGGUCUUCGAUGGUGAAGGUUUAGUCGCUGAUUGUCAUGUUUUGCCUGCUACUGCUGUUGGUGCCUCUGGUGGUGAUGAAAUUAGGAGGUACAUGUCUGCGGCUUCUAAAUCAAAGUCGUCACCACCUACUGCUACUAUUGUUUUUAGAGGGACUAGAGUUAAUGUUCGGCCUGCACCAGUGGUGGCUUCAUUUUCAGCCAGAGGGCCAAAUCCCGAGUCCCCUGAAAUUUUGAAGCCUGAUGUUAUUGCUCCUGGAUUGAACAUACUUGCUGCUUGGCCUGAUAAAGUCGGACCCUCUGGGAUUCCGUCUGACCAGCGAAAAAUUGAGUUUAACAUUCUUUCAGGCACAUCAAUGGCUUGUCCACAUGUUUCCGGAUUGGCCGCUUUGUUAAAGGCAGCUCACCCUGAAUGGAGUUCGGCGGCAAUAAGGUCGGCAUUGAUGACAACUGCGUAUACUGUUGAUAAUCGAGGCGAAGAAAUGAUUGACGAGUCCACUGGAAAUGUUUCUACUGUGUUAGAUUUCGGUGCUGGUCAUGUUCACCCGCAAAAGGCCAUGAAUCCUGGGUUGAUCUAUGAUAUUUCAUCAUUCGAUUAUGUGGAUUUCCUUUGCAAUUCAAAUUAUACUCUUACCAACAUUCAAGUGGUCACUAGGAGGAAUGCAGAUUGCAGUGGAGCCAAAAGGGCAGGCCACGCAGGGAACUUGAAUUACCCUUCAUUAACUGUUGUGUUCCAACAAUAUGGCAAGCAUCAGAUGUCCACACAUUUUAUUAGGACAGUGACUAAUGUCGGGGAUGCAAAUUCCGUGUACAAAGUUACAAUAAGGCCACCUAGUGGGACUGCGGUCACCGUACAGCCGGAGAAGCUUGUGUUUAGGAGGGUGGGGCAGAAAUUGAACUUCCUUGUUAGAGUGGAAACCACAGCAGUGAAGCUCGCACCUGGGGCCUCUAGCAUGAAGAGUGGUUCAAUAAUCUGGGCAGAUGGAAAGCACACUGUCACUAGUCCCGUAGUUGUGACAAUGCAGCAACCUCUUUAAUCACCUUGGUCCGUUAGGGGUUUUGGGGAUUUAGGAAUUUUGCUCUAUUUUCACUCUCUAUGAAGAGUUUUUUUUUUAUGCAUCAUGUAUUAUAUGUAUCUCUGUAAGAUGAAAAUGUGUUGGGGUUUUCUAUAUCAGAAAGCGAGUGGAGUCGGGGUUUGGAACGCAGAGUGAAGGCAUAAAUCGCCUGGGAUAAGAGGUGAAGAUCGAAGGUGUAAUCUUUGUAGAAUCAAGAAUAUGCAUGUAGAGAAAAUGCUGUGUGUAUGGACUCAGAAUUUAGCCAAAUCAUAAUGAAAAGACCUCCCUUUUCUCUUUGGUGUA